GCGCACGUGUGCUUAAACCAGGCAAAGGAGAAUCAACACAGGAGGGUACAUGGCUGUUGUACCUGCCCUGCACAUGGAGUAUUGGUCUGGCAGCUGACCCUGGAUGCCUGCCUGACCUGUCAAUGCUCACACUGUUUGGUACGGGAGCCCUGUUGAUGAGGGGUGCUGGCUGCACCAUCAAUGACAUGUGGGACAAGGACUUUGACAAGAAGGUGACCAGGACAGCCAGUCGGCCGAUUGCCUCUGGGGAGAUCUCCCAGCUGCAGGCUCUCGCGUUCCUCGGCGUGCAGCUGACCUCAGCACUGGCAGUGCUACUCUGCCUCAACUAUUACAGCAUAGCCCUUGGUGCUGCUUCUCUGUCCCUGGUGGUGAGCUAUCCUCUGAUGAAAAGGAUCACAUACUGGCCACAGCUUGUACUGGGACUUGCCUUUAAUUGGGGAGCCCUGCUGGGCUGGUCAGCUGUGAUUGGGUCCUGCGAUUGGUCAAUUUGCCUGCCACUCUAUUUCUCUGGCGUGAUGUGGACAUUGAUAUACGACACCAUCUAUGCUCAUCAGGACAAAGCCGACGAUGUCCUGGUGGGGGUGAAGUCCACGGCCCUGAGGUUUCAGGAGCACACCAAGCCGUGGCUCAGUGGCUUCACGGGGGCCCUGCUGGCGGGCCUGGUCCUGACUGGCGUGAACGCCCAGCAGACCCUGCCGUAUUAUGGAGCCGUGUCACUGGUCGCCCUUCACCUCACACAUCAGAUCUAUACCUUAGACAUCAAUAAGCCAGAGGACUGCUGGAAGAAAUUUGUAUCUAACCGUAAUCUUGGACUUCUUCUGUUUUUAGGAAUAGUCUUUGGAAAUUUGUGGAAAUCAAGAAAUGAUAUUGUAUUAAAUAAUGGGAGAAAAGAGGAAUGAGCAUUAUUGUGGCUGUGUUAUUGGUAUUGUGGACAUUAUUUACCACUUAAUGUACACUCACUGAGUACUUUAUUAGUAACAUUUUUACUUUAUUACACCUACAUAUUCAUGUGAUUAUCUAAUCAGCCAAAUGUGUGGCCGCAGUUCAAUGCAUACAAUCAUGUAGAUACAGGUCAGGAGCUUCAGUUAAUGUUCACAUCAACCAUCAGAAUGGGGAAAAAAAUUGAUUUUGACAGUGGAUUGAUUGUUGGUGACUGAUCUCCUGGGAUUUUCACGCACACUUGUCUCUAGAAUGGUGCAAAAGUUUUCAAAAAUUCCAGUGAGCAGCCGUUCUGCUGACAGAAGCGCCUUAAUGAGAGAUGUCAGAGGAAAAUGGCCAGACUGGUCAAAGCUGACAGGAAUGUGACACAAAUAACCACACGUUCCAAUAGUGGUAUGCAAAAGAGCAUCUCUGAACACACAACACGUCUCUUAAGUGGAUAGGCUAAAGGAGCAGAAGACCAAUAAGUCUAAAAAUGAAGUGUAAUCAGUACGUAAUAAAGUACUCACUGAGUGUACGUAUUUCCUUUGCUUUGCUGAGUGGAUGUGCCCGAAACUAAUGUGUCCUCAAAAUAUGUAGUGUCUACGAAACAUACUGCAAUAUAUCCCUAUGCUAUUUCCCAACGGUGCAUAUGACUCCAAAGAUUGCUUUUCCUCUUCCUCUCUGUGGGACUUCCUUAAUAUACAUUUUUCUGGAAGUAAAUACUUUUUAAGGUACAGUACAUUGAGACAAAAUGUAGCCUAUUUAACGUUCUCAUCCAGUACUCAAUUUCCAUAUGAAAUCAUAAGCAAGUAGGUCUCACAGUCUGCAUUCAUAAUAUACACCGAUCAGCUACAACAUUAAAACCACCAGCUAAUUUGUGAUUAAAAAUGCUUUAAACUGUAUAAACUUGUCUAUAAACAGUUAAUAUUUCAUUAUAUGAUAUGUGCACUUGUAUAAGCAGAUAAUUAUAAAUUAAUUGUAAAAGUUAAAGGUUUAAAUGAAAAUCUUGUAAGCUCCACCCACCAUAUUUCAAAAUGCACGUACUAAGUACGUACCGAGAUAUUUAAAUAACAAAACCAUGCACCCCCCCACCCCUCCCAAUGAGUUUACAAGAUUUCCAUUUUCAUUGAAAGUUUAAGUUUUUGAAUGCAAUUCACUUAUUAUUAUCUGUUUAUAUACAGCGGGUAAAAUAAGUAUU